AGGUCGGCGCCGCCCGCGUCUCCGUUGGCUGCCGCGCCUACGUGGGCGCGCUCGGAGCUCCAGCCAUGCUGUUCUGGCACACGCAGCCCGAGCACUACAACCAGCACAACUCCGGCAGCUACCUGCGUGAUGUGCUGGCUCUACCCAUCUUCAAGCAGGAGGAGCCCCAGCUGUCCCCCGAGAAUGGGGCCCGGCUGCCACCCUUGCAGUACGUGUUGUGUGCCGCCACGUCCCCAGCAGUGAAGCUCCAAGAAGAGACCCUGACCUACCUCAACCAAGGUCAGUCUUAUGAAAUCCGGCUGCUGGAGAACCGGAAGCUGGGAGACUUUCAGGAUCUGAACACUAAAUAUGUCAAGAGCAUCAUCCGCGUGGUUUUCCAUGACCGCCGGCUACAGUACACGGAGCACCAGCAGCUGGAAGGCUGGCGGUGGAGCCGGCCUGGGGACCGCAUCCUGGACAUUGAUAUUCCACUGUCUGUUGGUAUCUUGGACCCCAGGGCCAGCCCAACCCAGCUGAAUGCAGUUGAGUUUUUGUGGGACCCUGCCAAGAGAGCCUCUGCAUUCAUUCAGGUACAUUGUAUCAGCACAGAAUUCACCCAGAGGAAGCACGGGGGCGAGAAGGGUGUGCCUUUCCGGGUGCAGAUCGACACAUUUAAGCAGAGUGAGAAUGGAGAGUACUCGGAGCACUUACACUCGGCCAGCUGCCAGAUCAAAGUGUUCAAGCCCAAAGGAGCUGAUCGGAAACAGAAGACCGACCGGGAGAAGAUGGAGAAAAGAACAGCUCAGGAGAAGGAGAAGUACCAGCCGUCCUACGAAACCACCAUUCUCACAGAGUGCUCUCCGUGGCCUGAUGUGGCUUACCAGGUGAACAGCGCCCCGUCCCCAAGCUACAAUGGCUCUCCCAACAGCUUUGGCCUCGGUGAAGGGAACAGCUCUCCAACCCACCCGGUGGAGACCCUGCCCAUGGGCACUGAUCACCUGCUCCCGUCGGCCACUAUCCAGGACGCCCAGCAGUGGCUGCACCGCAAUCGGUUCUCGCAGUUCUGCCGGCUCUUCGCCAGCUUCUCAGGUGCCGACCUGCUGAAGAUGUCCAGAGAUGAUCUGGUCCAGAUCUGUGGCCCUGCAGAUGGGAUCCGCCUCUUCAACGCCAUCAAAGGCAGGAAUGUGAGGCCAAAGAUGACCAUUUAUGUCUGUCAGGAGAUGGAGCAGAACCGGGUACCUUUGCAACAGAAACGGGACGGCAGUGGGGACAGCAGCCUCUGUGUAUACCACGCCAUCUUCCUGGAAGAGCUCACCACCCUGGAGCUGAUUGAGAAGAUCGCCAACCUGUACAGCAUCCCCCCCCAGCACAUCCACCGCGUCUACCGGCAAGGCCCCACCGGCAUCCACGUGGUGGUGAGCAACGAGAUGGUGCAGAAUUUUCAAGAUGAGUCUUGUUUUAUCCUCAGCACAUUAAAAGCCGAGAGCAAUGAUGGCUACCACAUCAUCCUGAAGUGUGGACUCUGAGCCAAAGCAGGACACUCACCUGCUCCCAGCCCCACGGACCCCCUGCGAUGUUGAAAUGGCACCACUGUCAGCUCCAGUCUCACCGGAAAAUCUGAGGCUAGGAGGGACCCUGCCCAGUCUAUGAAAGCUACAGACCACGAACUAGCAGAAACCAGUGGACACAAAACCUGGCAUGCAGAGAGCCGGUGGCCCCUCACUUUCCUUUCCUCUUGGCCUCGAGCUUUUGAAUGGUUCCUUGGGCUUUUUCUCAACCUUGAUAUUCUAAAAAGGCAAGCCGGCGGGGGGCACCUUCUCUGAAAACCCAGGCCUCUUAGUUGGAGGCUCACUGAGGGUCUUGGUGCCACCUGUAUGGAUCCCUUAUGGCCACUCUCCUGACCCCCAGAGAAAGCUCU